AUGUCAUCCCUCAAGUCCACCGCCGCCCUCCUCUGCGUCGACAAGUACGUCUGUGCCGCGACACUGCCGAUCCUGUAUCGAGAUCCCUUCAACAUGCAACCCCUUCACACGGGAUUCGGAAGUUUUGGGAAUAAUCGAAAUAUCGUUCUUGUUCUCAACAAGUUGGUCCAGGUCCUCUUUUGCAGUCUGCCACCCUCAUCUUCGUCCUCUGAUGACGAGAGUAUCCAUGACGAUGAUGGUAUUGUCACGGAGUUGCUCAGAGCCUUUUAUUUUCAGAAUCAAGAACAAGGAGACGCGUUGGUGGCGUUGGAUUCGACAGAGACCUGUGAGCGACGCGAUAAGGCGACAACAGCAGCAACGGCAUCAACGGAACAACUGCUACCACCAACCCUUCUGCCUUACUCUUCCUACUUGACAAACAUUUCCUUUGAGGAAUUAAACUUGGAACUUGGACGCAUCCAAUUUACCUUGGGGGACUUUCUCGACCGACUUGCCUUUCAGGACUUUCUGAGGAGAACCGGACGUGCUGAUCGAUACCGUGCUGAGGAGCCCUUGGAGCGCUAUAUUUGUGGCUCAAAAGGAGAAUUCAGGUUAUUUGCCUGA